AGCAACAGACAGAGGUCGAGCUGAAAGCCAUGGCUGUUCCCUUGCUUCCCGCCGCUGCAAGAAGACUAGAAGGCAAAGUGGCAAUAAUCACUGGUGGGGCCAGAGGAAUCGGGGAGUACACUGCAAGGCUCUUCUGCAAGCAUGGAGCCAAAGUGGUGAUUGCAGACAUCAAUGACGAUCUAGGUCAAUCCCUCUCCAACCAUCUUGGCUCUUCAUCUUCUUCCUUCGUCCAUUGCGAUGUAACCAAAGAAAAAGAUGUCGAAAACAUCGUCGACACAACCGUCUCCAAGUACGGAAAGCUCGACAUCAUGUUCAACAACGCAGCCAUUCUUGGAGCCCCAAACUACAACAUUCUUGAAAACGACUCAUCAGACUUCCAGAAGGUACUCAAUGUCAACCUUUUCGGUGCCUUCCUCGGCACGAAACACGCGGCGCGGGCGAUGAUUCCGGCUCGUCGAGGUAGCAUAAUCACAGCUGCAAGUGCUGCGGCGACCGUGGGCGGGAUUGCCCCCCAUGCAUGCACAAGCUCAAAGCAUGGAGUUUUGGGAUUGAUGAAGAAUGCAGCUGUGGAUUUAGGACGGUAUGGGAUUAGAGUGAAUUGUGUGUCGCCCUAUGCAGUGCCCACACAAUUGACCAGGGACUUGCUUAGGCUCAAAGAUGGGGACAAGUUUCCUAAUAUGUAUUGGAAUCUGAAGAAUGAAGAUGCUAUAAGUGAAGAAGAUGUGGCUGAAGCAGCUCUUUAUCUGGGGAGUGAUGCGGCUAAGUACGUGAGUGGGCACAAUUUAGUUGUUGAUGGAGGCUUCUCUGUUCUAAACUCAGGUCUUUGCUCUUAUAAAUAAUUUGGUAUAAUUUGAAUUGGGUGUCGUUGAAUAAUGGCAAGAAUAAGUUGUAAGUCAGCUGAAUAAUCCUUCUAUCAAAGUUACUGAUAAAACCAUAAUAUGAUAAUACACAAAGUGUUUCUUAG